CUCGUGAAUGAAGGGACAAAACAAUGGCUUAGGAGGCAUGUAUUGACGAUGUUCAACAUACAACUCACCGUCUCGCACUGUGUGCACAGCCAUGCUGUGGAAUCGUAGAACCCUCAGAGGUUCAAUGGUGUGAAGCCGCCCUAUCCGGCCUUUCGAGGACAAUGAGACGCAACAAAGAGAGCGUUCGCCUACAAGUCCACUUUCUCUCCACUUGUACUUAAUGGUUUAGGUAGCUUGGAUACGACGUUCUCGGGCGAGCCUCAAGAUCAGGCCAGGAUGGUGGCGACUACACGUUCAAAAGCAGACGGCAAGGCCGCGACAGCAAAUCGUCAUCCUGCAAGGCGCGCUCAGGCAAACGGUCGUAGUAAAGAUCUGGUGCUGUUAAAAGCUGGUCGCAAGAGGCCCUCUUCGAACAAGUCGGCUCCGGCAACCAAGAUAAAACGGAAAAAGAAAGCUUCCAGGACCCAUCACUCCGGUCGUAGCAACACGAAGACUGUGGAGCUUGUUCGAGGUUCGGGCGCAGCCGACACCUUGAUGACCACAAACGUGAGCGAUGAAGUAGCAGAUGAGAGCAACAUCAAUGGCUCCAGCCACAGUGAACCUCAAAAGCGUCUGGCUCGCGGCAUUCUCGUGCACACAAAGGGCGCAUCCAAGGUCCACAAGCAAAGCAAAGCCAUCGGCAAGUCCAGGAAGGUUAGCUGGAAACCGGAUGUCUACUCUCCGGUAUCAAGAAUACCGGAGAAUAAAAAGCAACUGGUCAGGCUGUUAGAGCAGAUGUGGUGGGAGAAGCAGCUAUCGGAUGCAAGGCACAGCGACAGGGUCGCGAGAGGCAGGACUGGGUGAUUGACAGAUGGGCGAGUGCCGAAAGUAGCCACUAUGUUAACGGUGACUCGACGCGUGGCCCAUGGACUCUCUGAUGCUGAUAAGCCCGGUGGACAUCAGGCUGCUAGCG